AUUAUGAAAACAGUGUUCGCCAUGUUUUUUUUUUGGCACCUCUCACCUUGAAGGAUGACACGCAGGGGACAAAGAAAAAAGAAGAAAAUUUUACAUCAAAGCAUUCAGAAACAAGUUGGGUCAUUGAACUCACAAAUGAACAUCUGAAGAAGAAAUAAAGUUGAACUGGAGUCUGUCGUUACGAUUGUAGCGGUUUAAAAUUUCCUAAAGUGGUCAUCAAAAUUACACAGCUGCUUUUUUCGGGAAAGGAUGAAUUUUCUCAUUAUAUGUAACUAAAAUUGGUGCAACCAUUGAGAAUCUUCAUCUGUGACACAAACAAAGAUGGUAAGGUUUGAAAACUAAUGACUAGUUUUUUUUUUGGGGGGGGGGAGCAACAGUGCCCUGGGGACUGUGAAGGUGGGGUGGGGAGGGGGGUGUAGGACAGACUCUGGCGCCCUGCCAACGUUGUUGAAAGCUGCUUAGCCCACCCUGUUGCCAUGGAUACAGUGAGGAACAGGAGAGAGAGAGAGAGAGAGAAAAGCUGCAGGCAGGCAAUAAAGACAGCCAGAGUGGGAGCGAAAGAGCUGUUGGAAGCAGCGUGGAGAGAGAGAGAGAGAGAGGGAGAGUGGAUGUGCAGUCAGAGAAAGCCCAAAGGGAGUAGCAAAGUGCUCGUGGGAGACCCCAGAGCGGGAAGCCGUAAAGCCACACAAUGGAGCUGCAGACGGAGUGUGCGGAUCCUACUGCGGCCCCUCCGUGUGACCCCCAGCCCACCGGGAAGAUCAACAAAGCCGCCUUCAAGCUCUUCGGAAAGCGACGCACUGGCUCCGGAAUGGCCAGCUUCUUCUCCUUCAAGAACAAAGGGGCCACGCUGAGCGGGACCAACGGCCAUUCUGACACUGGGAAUUCUGUCAAUGGGAAUGGUUCGAUGUUAUCCGUCGAGCUGGUGAGAAGCAAAACGCACGAUGGGCUCACCGGGUCGAACCACGGUGCUGACGGACAGGGACGGGAGGGGCUGUCCGCUGUGGAGACGGGAACCGGGAGAUCUCUGGGUAAAUCGCUAAGUUUCUUCUCUCUGCUGCGACGCGGGAGUCUCAGGUCAAGUGAAAACGGCGGCGGACUCGUGCGCAGAGGGAGGGGCUUGAAGGGCUUUUUCAGUAGCAUCCGCUGGCGACGCAAGGACAAAACAAACGAAGGAGACGCGGAAGAGUCGGAAGCUCAGAAAGAGAAGGACGCCAGCGCCGCAGACACCGAAACGGCAAAGGAUGUCACGCUCGCCCUUGAACCAACACGACAUUAUCGCCGGGAGGAUGGCGAGAAGACGGAAGAAGAAUCGUCCGUGGCUCACGCAGCCGGCGUUUCCUUGACGCCCGCAAUGGCCGGCCCAUCCGGCCCAUCUGCCGAGCCAGAUUCCUCCUCCCCUUACACACCCAACGACUCCCCUUUGCACGGCGCCCCCAGCAAAACCAAAGCCUCGGUCUCCAGCCUCACCCCCUCACUCGCCACAUCCCAUUUGGAGUGUUGCAGUGCCGGCGACCCUCCCUCGGAACCCUCGGUGGACCGCCUGUGUUCUCUUCUCUUCAACGACGUCACGUCCCUCAAGAGUUUUGAUUCCCUCACCGGCUGCGGGGAUAUCAUCGCCGAUGCGGAUGAGGAGACGGCAGGCAAUGGGGGCAGCGGUACCAGUAGCAGCAGCAGCGGCGGCGGCGGGGUGGCAGGGGGUGUCGCGAGACCGCUUGGAGUCACCUGCUGCGCAACUCGUGGCUCCCCGUCAAAAGUUCCUCUUUCCUGCGCGCUGACACAACCCCUGUUCACGGCAUCUUCCGGGCCGGCUUCGCUUCCUGCUCGCACCCGGGUGCCCGCCGGCCCUCAAACACCCCCAGUGGGCAGCGGGGUGGUAGCCUACAUGGGCGGCGGAGAGGAAAUGGCCAGUCCGGAGGGAGUGGACGAUGCUGACAUGCAGGGGCUUUGGCACAUGCUCCCUUCAACCGGGGACGACUCCCCGGCUUUGCCCCGAUCGCACCAACCCUCCUGCACCACACCCACCUCCGCUUACCCACUUCGCACCCUCAACUCCACCACCUGCCACCAACCCUCAGCCAAUGGAUGUGCGGAUCGUAAGACGCUCCAGGUGAAGUCUUUGGGGCUCAGUAAGAUCCCAGUAGCGGGCGGAGCAGGAAGUCGAGCGGCCAAACCCCUCCUACCGCACGGUCGUCAGCCGGCGUCGCCCGGAGACAAAGAGCCACUCAGCGACGAAGGAUACUGGGAAACCCCCUCUGCGACGCCCACGGCAACACCCGAGGAAAGUGGGCAGCGGCACAAGCACAAUAUGUCACGUGACAGUUGCUCCGGGGACCGCCUGUAUGAUCUCUACAACGAGCCAGACGGACCGGAAGGCGACGAGGACCAAAACAGUUCUUCCUCCUUGUCAACCGAAUACAAACUCAGUCCUCCUUCGUCCUCCUCGUCUUCUUCCUUCCGCUCGCUGAAAGGCAGCGCCAGCCUUCCCCGGGAAUCCAAGAUCCCGGUCAGCGCCAGACAAACGACGCCGACGCAGUCCGUGAGCCAAUCGGCACUCUCAUCCGUCCUGGAGGCGGAAUCGUUGCCGAAAUCGAAGAUCCAAGGACCUCCUCCGGCUCGCACCAGAAUUCCCGUCUCCAAGGUCCCGGUGCGUCGCUCUGGAAACAAACCGGCCCCCAGUAAGAGCGGAGCCGCGAAGAAGUAGCUCUUCUUUCUUCCCGUGCCUCAAUGGACUUGAGAGGCUGAGCCCUCUGUGCUGUUUUUACAGAGCCAAAGGUUUUCCGGAUACAAUCGAAUGGCGCCGGCUUGUUCGCCUGAGAAAAGUCACCGGGAGACUCCAACAAACCCGGAUCGUAUUCGAGCGCUCGCUGAAACUUCAACGUUGACCCUUGACAAUCCACGAGCUCGGAAAAGUUCAACUUUUCAACUACCUGCAAAAAGGCCUACCUGUGAGUUGGAGGAUUUCAAAGCUUCAUCUCAAGAGUACAUCCUGCCAAAAUAAGCUACUUUUUUUAAUAUAAAAAUCUUCUACCAAGUAACACAUUGAAAUCAAUUUUCUUAUCUCAACCAUAUCAAAACGACCUUUAAAUUGUCCCACUUUAGAGCCAAAGUAUCUCUCCUCCAAACAGACUGAAUUUUUUUUUUCUUCCACCAUGGAUUUGCACCCUGAGUACACAUUUGCAUGUGCAACCACAAAAAGAGAGCACAGACAUUUGAAGGCUUUCGAUGACGUCUCUAUUUGACAAGCCAUACACGGGGCACAAAAGGUCACACACUUUGGCACUUUGCAUGCAACGACUUCAGCUUUGGAGGACUCCAGCUUGACAUUACAACUUUCCUGAGCACUGAUGGCAUCGUGGGAAGUCGGACACACAAAUCUUUUUGGAAAAAGGGUUACUGUGUCUUUUUCUUUGAGGGGGUGUGGGCGAUAUGGAAAUCAUAAGGCAUUAAAACUGGUAUUGUACUUUACUCCCUCUGCAUUCAGGGCUGCAGAGCACAAAUGUCAGGGAACGCACACACACUCACAUGCACACGCACAAAAUUUGUAAUAGCAGGACUUUCCUUUUCUAAGAACACGUGCAAAAAGAACAUAUCUCAACGUCGCGCUUUUCUUUCAAACGAUUUUUUUAUAUGCUUCCUCCCACUGCACUGAUUCAAACUAUGGCUGCUCCAGUUUUCUAAUCCGUCCUUUGCAGUUUAAAGAAAUGCUCAGAGACUCCUUUGAAAUGAUUUAAAGAGGAGAAUGAUUUCUUCCAGACUAUGCCUGCCUCCCAAUCCGGAAAACGCAAACGGUGAAAUUCCGUCAAUGAAGUUGAAAGUGACCAUUUCGCUGAUUGAAAAGCGGUGGUGUCGUGCUAAAAAAAAGCAAAAUGGUGGAAAUGAGGGGGCUCGCGAUUUCAGCUGUGUAUGAAAAGUGAAUGUAGCUUGACAUCUUUGUAGAUCAAGGAUUAGUAUCUAUUUUUGUGUGCGUCGACAGGAUUUUACAGGAGCAAAGCAGAUGACUGUACAGUUUUUAAACCCAGCCUGUAACGCCUGCCAAUCAGCAAUCUUGUUCCAAACAUGAAGAGCCCCAAAAUGUAUUUUAAUGGUGACGCGGAUCAGGUAUUUUCUCAGCCCUCCGUCAAACAGAGGGGACUUUUAUAUGCAAAGCCAUUUUGGUCUGUGCGCAGUUUCUCUGCUCCCAACAACAAAGUGGGAGUAACACUUCCGUCACACUUGCGAUUAUUGAUCCACGACGCAUGUGUGUGUGUGCAUGUGUGUGUGUGUGAGACUUGUUGGGAAAGGGUGGUGACAGUUUGGAUAAUGCCGGUAGCCUGGUAGUUUUUUUGUGUUUUUUAAAAUAUUUAAACUUACGUUAAGCUCCGUUAUUUAUCCUCAAAGGAGGCAAAAUUUCCCUCCUUCAAGGCCACAGCAACUGUUUCUUCAAAAUGAGCAAUUACUAUUCAGUCUGUACGUUAAGCCAUUUUGUUGUGUUCUAAUGUUAUGUCGGGUAUCAUCCGAGAGACCGUUUGCACCAUCGCCCGUAUGAAAUACGGGAAAACAAGUCAGUUCCACGGCAUUAUCUGCUUUUCUGUCCACUUUCGUUACUCUUGUGCCCCAAUGUGCGAUCAUCCUCUACAAUGAAAAGGACUUUAAGUUUCUGCUUUAUUCCGUUGGACCAUCUGUCAGGCAGCGGCCUGAAACCUUUUCCGCGUUCCGUAUUUAACAAAUAAAUGUGUUUGUCGGAA